AAAAAGAAUCAUAAUACUACUCAUAAGAAAUAUUAAAUAACAAGUAAAAAUAUUUAUCCGUGAACUGAAGGUGCUGCCUAGUACCAUUUCUUCAAAGCGGUAGAAUCAAGAACCUCUAGGUUUCGGAAAAAUGGAGGUUGUUACUCAGUGGAAAUUGUGAAUCCAUCUCGUUUAAGAAGAUUUAAAUCGCGUGAUUUUUUCAUAGAAUAAGAAAUUCUUAAUAUAUUUUCUUGAUUCCUGAUAUUUUAUUUUCUUUAUAAAUCCGAAAUGUAAAAAAUCAAAACCGAUUUUUACGUAGUAAAAUGCAGGAGAGACGGUACAUCUCUAUUUUUUAACAAGAUAAUACAUUGGAUGUAUAAUAUUCAGUACAAAAUGAAAUCAAUGAAAGCAAAGACAAAAGCUAAAAAACCAAAUGGAAAAUUUGGGAAAGUUAAAUUUCCUUCCAAAGAAAUUACUCAUACAGAUCAAGAUUUAUCACAACUAUAUCCACCAAUAGACACAAGUAUUUCAACUCUAUAUCGUUUGAGCAAAAUUUUAGAAAAUGGCAGUGAUGAAGUUAAAUCCAUUCUAACAUAUGAAUGUGAUUUGUUAUAUGAAUGUCGUGUAUGUCGCAGUCUCUUUAGAAGUUUAAUUAAUUUUAUUUCUCAUAAACGUGUCUACUGUAAACAAAAAUUUGAUGUUACAUUUGCCAAGAAAUCUUCCAAUGAUUAUGAUAUAACUUCUACGAGUAAAUCAGAUAUACAAAAAUCACAAAAAUUAUUUGAAGAGAGUUGUGGAAAUGAUAGAAUUUUAAGAAGCCAAGUGUGUAAAGAAGUGCAGAAGAAAGAUCUUACUACGGUUGUUAAUAUGUUACAAAAAAAGCAAAUAGAAAAUUUGCAAACAAAUACAGAACAGUUGUGUUUAGAAAUUAUACAUUCAAAUUCAUCAGCAGUUUAUCAAACUGUCGAAUCAGUUACUCCAAGUAAAAAUCAUACAGAUUUAAUGAAAGCACAGAUAAUGGAAUUAAAGGAUACAAAUGAGCAAACUGCAGUGUUAGGUGUGAAUGGACGAGUUUUACAAUCUAAUAAAAAAUUGAAUAAUAAUAAUACAACUCAAAUUCAUAAUAAUACAGAAAUUGGUAGCAUUCGUGAGAAUGAACUUAUAUGUCGUAUAUGUUAUGCGAAAUUUUCAACAAAAAAAACAUUAACAGUUCAUACAAGGACACUACACACAUCUCAUAGAUUAUGUUACCCUUGUCCUUGUUGUUCUAGUACAUUUGCAAAUACUUGGAGUGUUUAUAGACAUCUUUUUAAAGUUCAUAGAAAAUCUAAUGAACAAGUACGGAAACUUAGACCACAAAUACAAGAGAAAGCAUUUAUUAAGGAUACUACAGCUGCUGAAGAUUUACAAAAAGAAGAUGCUAGUAAAACUUUAAUAAAUAAUGCAGUAAGAGUUAAUGAAACACAGGAAUGGAUAGAUCAUUUAGAAUCUGACACAGAACUACAAAGAUGUGGAGGUUGUGGAAAAAGAUUUGAUAGAAAAGCAGCUUUAUCAGCUCAUUUGACAUAUUGUCAUAGACGUGUUGCAGCAUAUGAAAAUAUAACUAAAAUUAAAAAGAUAAAUAAAGUUUCAUCAGAUUGUACUUCAAAUGAAAAUAUAAUUAUUAAUUCAGAAACUCAAGAAAAUAAAGCACAAGUUUCUACACAAAUUAAUAAUACUAAUGAAACAUCUAUUCGUGUGGAAGCAAUUGCUAGUUUAAGUAAAGCAGAUUGGGAUAUGUUGGGAAAUGAAGAAUUAAUUUCACAAAAUAAAUCUAAUGAAAAUGUUCUCACAAAUGGCAUUCAAAAAAAUGUAGAGGACAAUCAUUCUUCUGCAAGUGAUAUUUCUGAUCCUUUAGAAAUUCUAUAUACAAAUAUAAAUAAACAUAAUGAAAUAAAAAAAGGAAGUAAAAAACGAAAGAAUAAGGAUAGUAUAAAGAGAGUGAAUAAUGCUGCAGAAAAUAUUACAAAAGACAUAUCUGUAGAAAUAAAUAUGGAGCACAAUGUAGAAGAAAAAUUAGAUCAUAUAUUAUCUAUGGAGAAAAAAAUAACUUCGAUAGUAGAUUUUCAAAAGCUUCAGUGCCUUCCAUGUAAACGAAAAUUUCCUUCAGUAAAUAAUCUAAGAAGACAUGCUGCCAUUCAUAUUGGUUGGAAUCGCUAUCAAUGUAAACUUUGUGACUAUAAAUGUUUUGAUAAAUGUGAUUGCAUAGCACAUUGCAAUAAAAUACAUAAUGCUCAAAAUAAUCGUGCUCUUAUAGAAGAAAUGAUAAUUCAAAUUCUAGAUGAUCAAUAUACAUGUGAUCAAAAUAUUAUAUCAGAUGUAACAAAUUUAGAAGAAAAAAUUGAUAUUCCAAAAGUUGUAGAAGUUAAUAUUUGUGUUGAACAUGUGAAACCAGAAAUUCAAAUUGAAGAAAAAAAUAUAAAUAUAACAGAAAUAGAAAUAAUUGAUAAAAAUAAUAUGGAACCAGAAGUUCAAGUGGAAGAGAAAAGUAUAAAUUUAAUAGAAACAGAAGUGAUUGAUAAAAGUUCAAUAACUUGUUGUGAAAAUGUAGAAACUCAAGAAACUUCGAAUAAUGAUAUUAAAGGACAAAAUACAUUAAGUCUAGAUCCUGAUCUUCGAAGAAUGGUAAUGGAAGUUAUUUUUGGAUCUUCUGAGAUUCAUUCUACAAAAGCAGAUAUAAAAGAAAGUAUAUCUUCAGAAAAUUCUGAUUUAAAAGUAUUGAAUACAGAGGAUAUUGAAGUACAAGGUCAAAAUUCUAUAAAGGAAAACGACAUUAAAUGCCUACAAGAUUCAAAACCUCAACGCCCAAUUCGUAAUAAAAUAAAACCUUUAAAUAAAGAUUUUAUCUAUGACUUAAAAGAAGUCGCAUAUCGCAAAGAUUCUUUAAUUAUGAAAUCUUUUAAUAAAUCACUUAAUAAAAAAUCUCCAGUACAAGAAGAAGAUAAUUUGGAAAAAGAUUUAGAACAACCGUCCAAACGUUUUAAAUCCAUAGAAAAUGAUGAAAUAUUAAUUCUUUGUGAAAAUAAUACUAUCGUAGACAGAUGUGAGAUUAGUCUAGAUAGAGAUUUAAAAAAUAAUUUUUCUUUUUCUCAGUGCCACAAUUAAUUAUUAAAAACUUCAA